CGGAGCGGGAGCGGCCCCGCAGCGGCCCCGGGAGCAGCGGCCCCGGGAGCGGCCCGGCCCCGCCAUGUGGUUCAUGUACGUGCUCAGCUGGCUGUCCCUGCUCGUGCAGGUGGCCUUUGUCACCUUGGCCAUCGCGGCCGGGCUCUAUUACCUGGCGGAGCUGAUCGAGGAGUACACGGUGGCCACCAGGAGGAUCAUCAAGGGCAUGAUCUGGUUCUCCUCGGCCGUGCACGUGGGGCUGUUCCUGUUCGAGCAUUUCCCGGCUCUGCUGGUGGCCUCGGGGCUCUUCAGCAACCUGGUGUCUGUGGGGCUGCUGCAGAGCUUCCCCUGCCUGCGGCCCGGAUCCUCCAACUUCCUCCUCUCCUGCGUUCUGGUGGUGCUCAAUCACUACCUGGCAUUCCAAUAUUUUGCUGAGGAAUUUUAUCUUUUCUCUGAGGUCCUGGCUUAUUUCACCUUCUGCCUGUGGUUGAUUCCCUUCGCCUUCUUCGUGUCGCUGUCGGCCGGGGAGAACGUCCUGCCCUCCACGGUGCAGCCCGGAGACGACGUCGUCUCCAAUUAUUUCACCAAGGGGAAAAGAGGGAAACGCUCCGGGAUCCUCCUGAUUUUCUCCUUCAUCAAGGAAGCCAUCCUGCCCAGCAGGCAGAAAAUUUACUGAAAUUCCAGAAGAUUUGGGAAAAUUUGGGAAUUUUUGGGAAUAUCCAGAAGAUCCCCCAGCCGGAAUAUCCCAAAUUUUGCCGCUUUUUUUAGGGAUUUUUUUUGGGAAUUCAAAGACUUGGACACUCCUGGAGGUGCCGACCGCGCUUGGGGGGUUUUCCUGCUGAUUCUUUGGGGAUGUUUUCAUGGAAAAUUUUGGGAAUUUUGGGAAUUUUGGGAAUUUCCCCAGUUCCCUGAGGAAGCUGCUCCUGGAUUUUCCUGAGGGUUCCACCAGAGCCGUGAAUGAAAGGAAAAAAAAAUGGGAAAAAUCGGGAUAAACCCAGAGGAUUCCACAUUUUUCCAGAAGGAAUGAUCCCAAAAAAAAAAAAAAAAUUAAAAAAUCAAGAUUUGGGUGGUUGAAAUCCUGAAAAUUCCCAUUUUUCCCUCCAGCAAAGCCUUGGGAAGGAGUUGACGGGAAGGGAUUUUCCAUGGGAAUCUCAGUUUUCCAAGGAAUUCCCAGAAUUCCGGAUUUUUCUGACCUGCAGACCAGAGGGGAAUGUUGAGAAUUCCCAGAUUUUUCCUUCCUCCUUUUCCAAAGGGUGAAAAUCCUCCGAGGGAGCUGCAAAUUUCUUCUUUCUCAUCCAAAAAAUUCCCGUUUUUUUUUUCUGGAAUUUUCCAUUCCCACCCCAGCCAGGCUUGGGAAUUCCCGAUCCAGAAGAUUUUUUCGAGGAAUUCCCAAAAAAAAAAAAAAAAAAAUUCCUUUGGAAAAGUUGGAAUUUUGCUCUGAGACCUCUUGGAUUGGGAUUUUUUUGUUGAUUUUUUUUCUUUUUUUUUUUUUCCCCCCUCUGGAUUGGCUGGAAAAUUCCAGGAUGGGAAUGAGGAAAAUCAGGAAUUCCUGAUCCCUUUGAAUCCCGAUUUUCCUGGGAAUUUUUUUUUUUUCCAUAUUUUUCCAGUCUGGAUUUCCAGGAGCUGAAUCAGAUUUUAGAGAAAUUGUGGGAAAUCCAUCAAUAUUGAACCAGGAAAAGGAAAUUUGGGAUGAAACCUCUGGAAAUUUGGGAAAAUCAUUCCCGGAAACACCAAAAAUGAGAGAAAUCGAUGAAUAAAGUGGAAAAAUCUUGGAUUUUC